CCACUACUGGCCUCGGACACAAGACGGGCUCUCUGUACAGUCACUGCACCUAGUCAGACAGUCGCUGCAUCUAGUUAUUGAGUGCACAAGGUUAUUUGUCAAGGUUCAGCAAAGCCCACGGGGACUGGUUAAAAUAGCCCUAGAGCAGACUUAGCAAAGGCACUCUAAUACAACAAACAAGACGCGACGAGCACUCCCUACCUCACUCUAGCUCACUGCGUCACCCUUUCCCUUGUCGCAUUCGACAAAUUCACAGGCCAUGAAGAGUAUCAGCAGCUUUUGGAACUCGCUGACAACAAACGAUCGCCAUGCAGAGAAGCGACGGUCAAGCUACAACCCUUCCUUCACCAGCAUCCGAACAGGUCUCGUUCACACGGAUUCAAGCAUGAGUGUAAACAAAGCAUCGCCUUAUAGCAGCGUCUACGGCACUCAGUCACCCAACGCUAGUCAGGUUAAUUUGACUACGGGCUAUACAGGCUCCAGUACGGGUCCACGCACAUCAGGCGGUCACUCAAGUGGUGGCAUGCAACUGCAAGACUUUGAGAAUGGUGUUGCGCCUCCACCUCCCGUCUCGGAUUCCUGGCGACGCAUCGAUCAUUGGGCAGAGGAGAAUUAUCCGGAACUCUACGAUCAAUUGUCAUAUGGCGCGACUCAGGCGGAUGUUGAUGAAUUGGAGCAUGAACUGGAAAUGACUUUACCGGGAGAUGUGCGUGAAUCGCUCUUCAUUCAUGAUGGACAAGAGCGUGGUGGUCGUCCUACAGGACUCUUCUUUGGCGUUGCGCUGUUGGACUGUGAAGAACUCGUGGAUGAAUACAACCUUUGGCGAAAAGUCGCUGCUUCGUUGCCGCGACCGGAUGAAUACCCAAUGCUCUCGAAGAAGCCGACUCCGUCCAUGUCUUCUAGCCAGCUACCGCCUGCAUCGGGAACUGCCGCUGCAUCUGCUCAAGCGAAUGGCAAACCAGAGACUGCACAGCAAGCAAGACGACCACGUCAACAAAGACAAGGAAGUCGACCGGAAGGUGCUUGUCAGCCAGUCUACUCGCACCCGGGUUGGAUACCGCUCGCCAAGGACUACAUGGGCAACAACAUUGCUAUUGACCUUGCUCCAGGCCCACAAGGUAAAUGGGGACAAGUAAUUUUAUUCGGUCGUGAAUGCGACAUCAAGUACGUGGUGGCACCUAGCUGGGCUAGCUUUUUGAGCAUGUUUGUCAAUGACCUCGAAUCUCCCAAUGUCGUCAUGGAUGAAGAUGUCGGCGUGGGCGGUGAGAUGGGACAACUGCGACUGGUGCUGGAUCAGCAGGAAGAACACUCUUACAUGGAAAUUCUCAAAGCGCGUGUGCGUAGACGCGAGCGUGCCAUUCGUGGUCUACAAGGCGGACAUGACGCCAAUAACAACAAUAAGCGCAACAAUGGUAAAAGUCGUGCCGUGUCUCCCGGUAAGCCACGCAGCGAUGUGAAUGGUCGUUUACCACGUUCGAGUUUGGGUGUGGAACGCAAUUCAACGGACGUCUUGUUGGCGAGUCCUGUGGUUUCUGAAGGGCAAGGUGUCAAGUUUCAUGAAAAGCAGAGUGGUUCAUUAUUAUCGCCUGCUUUGCCAGUGCCUGCUUCGCCUGUUGUGCAGUCGGAAGAAGCAGCCUCAGAGCACAAGCAAGCUUUGGCGACUGAGGAUGUGCUUGCUGCACCUAUCGUGUCGGGCGACGCAGCAGAGAUAGUCAAGGAGGAGACGAACAUCGCCAGCAACGACAAGGAUACUUCCCUGAACGUGAAUCAUGUGGGCACCGAGCUCAUGGACGUUUCGCUUGACGAUCAGGCAUAGAAGUGACGCUAAUGAAGAACAAGGCCUGAUGCACAGCAUCCUUCAAGGCAAUUCCUUUGCAAAUAACAUAAUUGCCGUACUGCUUUUAGCCAAUUUCAAUGAAUGCAUCAUGUUUAGGGGUUACAUGUAUCGGGCACUGUACAAUCUUUAACAGCUCGCCAUCGGUCGCAAAGGUCCUGGCGCAGGGAAAUGCAUCAAUUGAUCUUGAAUCGAUGCGGCAAAUGUAUCCGCCUCUCCCGUCAGCGCCAACAGCUCCUGGUCCAACACAUCAAGCUGUGCAAGCCGAGCCUCCAUAUCCCGGACGGGUCCAGUGGCCUCAGACUGAUCGAGCGUCUCAAAGUCAUCAUCCGACACACACCCGAAAUCAUCUGGCAAUGGAUGACGGAUCGUCUCAACAGCCAACCUCAAAUGACAACGCAAUGCCUCAUUCUCCCGCUCCAAUCGUGCAAUCUUAUCUUCAG